ACGUAACAGUUAUGCAGCUCCGAUUCUCGCGUACAAAUUCAGAGGCUAGAGAGUAGAAGGUCGGUGGAAGACUAUCCACAGUGAUUUGGCUACUGGUCUGAAAGUUUAUCGUCAAACUCGGGCCGGACAAUACUGUGCAGGAAGUACUGAGCAUGGAAACACAAAAAACUGAGACAGAGAAACAUGCAGCAGCUUCUGGCCCAAACCCUGCCAUGACUUCAUGUCGGAAGAAGAAGAAAGAUGAUGCCACUUUUUUGGAGGAUGUGAAAGAUCACAUUGAUGAGUUCAUCAAUGCAUCUAUGGAUGAACACAAAAGUUGCUUUAAGAAGACCAUCCAGAAGAUGUUUGGAAUGUCUAAAAUUGUGGCAGAAAGAAAUGCCGAGGCUAAAGAAGUUGAGAGUUCUCUGCCACUUCAAACAACUGUUGCAGACUGAAGUAUCUUCCUCCUCUCCUAUUAGUUACAUUUUAUUCUAGAAGCAUGCUGUUCCUCUUGGAUUUGAUUAGAAUUUUGUAUCUUAUAAAAAUGCUAUGGCUACCAUUUGGAAGUCUAAAUUUUGUUUCUACAUUGAAUUUUAAUUAAUGAAAGUUAUGUUCAUUUGAGCUUGUGCA